CGAAAUGUACUUUAUUUUGCAGUGACUCAGAUGUCAGCAAAAGCUGACCUUUGUACAUCUGUCUUGUAUCAUGACAAGACUGAAGUUUCAGAUCUCAAGAAUUUGAAUUUGAUUUUACAGUAUUGAUUGAAUAGUCCAUGUUUACAGAUACCUCUGUGAAUCACUGGUUACAUAAUUGUGAUGCCAAUGUUUCCUUUCAGAUGAUAAGGAGCAGUUCCAUAUGCAAUGUACAAAACAAAAGUGUGUAACGUCAAGGUCAACAGUGAAACAAGAACAUACUGUAAACUGAAGAUGUAAAAGGGAACAGGAGACAGCUAUUUACAUAAAGAGCUGUGGGUUUCUGAAAGCAGAUUCCCUUGAAUGUUUCAUUGUUGCUUCGGAUUGUUCACUUUCAUAAAAUAAAGUCUGACCCAUGAAAACUGACUUUUAAAUUACCUUAUUGCUGUAACAGAUCGAUAUGUUUUGUGGUUGGAGAUGAGCAUUGCAUUAUUGUCUGUUUCACAUCUAUUGCUCCAUUCUCAAAAUCUAAACCACUCUACACCAAGCCUUUACCCAAAUAUGACUCAGUUUUUGGGUAUCAGAGGUAACAUGCCUGUUAGUUCUUGUAAUUUAUUGGCUGUUCACAGCUGUUAAUUGUUGUUGCUGUAUGUAGCCAAUAAUACAAGAAGUAACUUUGCAUGGUAAUGAAGAUGGACUUAAGCUAGCAAAUGAACUUGCAAAACCUCAUGUUUAGCAUCGAAGAAUAGCUCAGAAUUAUGAAGUGAGGAGAACAAAAUGAAUAAAAUAUUAUUGUGAAUGCUAACCUCAGUAUCACAGAUCUGACAAAAUAAAUAUGAGACAUUUUAAUGUCUCAGGAUGACUUUCAGAUUUUCCAGGACUGCUGCCUCAGAAAAAGAACAAUCCUGUCAAAAGCUUAACAGGUGGUAACACUACCUGUGCCAGACUCCCCCCCCCCCAAAAAAAAAAACAAAAAACAAAAACAGUAACUGUCCAUUUAACAAGUGUCAUUUUGGAUGGUCACCAUCAUAAAAUCUAUGAGAAAUGAGAAAAGUCUGAAUUCAUAGUUAAUUUUACCGUACAGAGCACUUUUGUCUUAAACCACUUUUGUGUUCGGUAUAAUAACGUAUAUUCGUCUGAGGAUUUAACGUUUAAUGCAGUGCUGUGGAAAUCGUGUUUAUGAAGUGUUCUGGGGUCUGGAUUUGUGAUUGUUAGACUAACACAAAAUCAAAAGCAUGUACUAUGAUAUUUUUAAUUUUUGCAUGUCAUUAGUUUCAAAAAUGGUAUUUGAAUGAACUCCACACGAAUGCUAAAUACAUUGCAUAUACAGAUAUCAAUCUGCACAAUGGCACAAAAAACUAAUAGGCGUAUGACAACGGGGCUGUGUGCAUGACACGCACUUCGCUUCAAGCAGUGCGCAGGAAGUCCGAAGCGCUUGGUUCGAUAAGUAAUGAAUAAAUUACAAAUGCAGGAACGCUGUGUUGACUUGACAGCACCACUAGGAUAUCCGCUGUCUAACCCGGAAGUUGUGCUGAAUGGUUGGCUACUGUCGAGCUUGAACCAUGGCUGCCUGCUUUGUGAUUGUCUUACAGUACAGAACGGGGAUUAGUUUGUUUACAAUCAAGUCUCAAUGCCCGAGCAAGGCCCUAGGAUGAACGGUUUCUCUCUUGGCGAGCUGUGCUGGCUCUUCUGCUGCCCGCCCUGCCCGAGUCGCAUCGCCGCCAAGCUCGCCUUCCUGCCCCCGGAGCCCACGUACUCGGUCCAGACCGACGAGGCGAGCGGAACAUGCAGCCUCCAUCUGAACGAGCGGGCCGACUGGCAGUACUCCCAGCGGGAGCUGGACGCCGUGGAGGUCUUCUACACCAGGACCAGCCGCGGGAACCGGGUCGGCUGCAUGUUUGUCCGGUGCGCCCCGAACAGCCGCUACACCUUGCUUUUCUCCCACGGCAACGCGGUGGACCUCGGCCAGAUGUGCAGCUUCUAUAUCGGUUUGGGCUCCAGGAUCAACUGCAACAUCUUCUCCUACGAUUAUUCGGGAUACGGGGUCAGCUCUGGAAAGCCGUCGGAGAAGAACCUGUACGCUGAUAUCGAUGCUGCAUGGCAAGCUCUUCGGACCAAGUACGGAGUGACACCGGAGAACAUCAUCCUGUACGGGCAGAGCAUCGGCACGGUGCCCACGGUGGACCUGGCUGCCCGCUACGAGUGUGCAGCCGUCAUCCUCCACUCCCCCCUCAUGUCCGGGCUGCGGGUGGCCUUCCCUGACACCAGGAAGACGUACUGCUUUGAUGCAUUUCCGAGCAUCGAUAAAGUCUCGAAGGUGGCCUCCCCAGUGCUGGUGAUCCACGGCACCGAGGACGAGGUGAUCGAUUUCUCCCACGGCCUGGCCAUCUACGAGCGCUGCCCCAGGGCUGUGGAGCCUCUGUGGGUGGAGGGCGCGGGACACAAUGACAUAGAGCUGUACGCUCAGUACCUGGAAAGACUAAAACAGUUCAUAUCCUUCGAGCUUCCCAACUCCUGAAGCCGGCCAAGAACCAGGAGCAGAAGACGAAGGAGGAGCAUCCAGCCCCGCUGGGAGUGGCGACAGGCUCCCGAUCCUCCCCGGAGGGCUGACCCGAUCAGUGUCUGCACACGCCUCCUCUCAGUUCCUCUCAUGGUUCCUGACUCAGAAGAACGCCCUUUCUCAGUUCUGGGUGAAUUUAAAUGUGAUAACUUUGUAUUCUUUUAUACCUGAAAAAAUCUAUUGCACCUCAAAUAUUCAAUUGCUGAAUUUAUUUUGAUUUUUUUUUAUUUUCUUUUUGUGCUGGUUUUAAAUUCCCAUAAAGUGUACCGAGUAACGGGGGCACUUUUCAGGUGCAAGUAUUUGUAACAAAUUCCUUUCCACACAGUGGUUAUAAUUUGUAUGUUUUUUUGCAUUCCUGAUUUAUUUUUUAUAUCGUAGUUAGGGGGAAACAAACUCGGAUUCCGAAUCCUAAAACAGCUGCCCUUGGUGUGGCUUGUGUUUUCUCUGGUCUUUACUUUAGUCAGGUUUCAGGCCAAGGGAUUUAAUUCACCUGUGUGAUGUUUAUAGCUGUGGUAUUGUAACUGGAACAAUUUGUGGUGGUGAGGUUUUAUCUAAUUAUUCAUACUUUUGUUUAAGAAGAGAACAGGCCCCUGGAUAUGUAACCAGAUUUUUCUUCUUGCUGCUGAACAGGUUUGGCGUUUCCUUCAAAGCAAACUCUGAAGCAUGGUGCUUGGGAUUUCAGAAGUUAAUGACAGCAUAAUUGCUGCAGAAAUUCAGUGUUCAGCUGUCAUUUUCUUAUUCAGUAAUAACUGGGACAUAAACUGUGUAAAUCUAACCACUCUAAAAUAAGGUUUGAAAUGGUAAAAAGGUGUUUUACGUUUUUUGAAUUUUACUCCAACAUUCCUUUUAAUUCUAUGGCAGUAGUUUCCUUCUUGGCUGACAGUAUCCAGGUUUAAUAGACCCUGGUUCAGUUACAGAGAAAGCAAUGGUUCACAAUUAGCCCAUCUGCAAUUUAACAUUACUGUUUAGGCUUAACUACUGCAUGAAAAAUACUCCUUAAUUUUUCCACAAGGUAAUUUUGGUAUUUUCAAUAUUUCCUCAGACGUUACUGAGAUUUUGAAAAUGUGAGAAUUAACAGCUCUCAUUUUCUUCCAUUUCUACUUAUCACUUCACGUGCUGCUUGUGAUUCAACAGCUUCUAGACAGCUGAAAGACAGGCCUUACGUACAGAAAGCAAGCUAGCAGGGAAGAUCUUUAAAUUAGAAAUGACCAGUUAUAUUUAACGGUUCGAUCACUGUGAAGCCCUGUGUGCGUGGAGAAAGAUCAUAUUUAUCUUUUAGUCUUAAUUAAAUUAGAAGGUUUUGGUGAAAAUGGCUGACCUUUUGAAACAAAACUAAAAAGCAUGAGGGGCCUUUUCUAGAUGCUCUGGUCUAAUGUCUGAGACCUGUAGUCCUACUGUCCUGUCCUCACUGUGAAGCUCCUCUUUAUGAAAUUCAAAAAUAUACUUUUAGUUAUAAACACCUAGAUGGUUAAAGUCAAAUUGCAGAAUCAUUUUUGCAGGAUUUCCUUUAUUGGUAGUGGCUUUUUCCGUAUAGGGCAUUCAUUUUGCCAUUGAAAUGUGGCCUCUUUUUUUCCCCUGACUUUUUUUUUUGGCAAGAUGUGACUCUGAAUUGUUCUCAUGUCCUGGACUGUGAACCCCAGCUUGGAGAACAGCACUCUUACAUAUAGAUGUGUUUAUUGCUGUAGAAACUUUAUUAUUCUCAAACAAAACAGGAUUUUGUUGAUGUAUUUUUAGCCUCCUCAUUCCUUUCAUACUGAAAAGUUUUACAGUGUUUUUCAGUAACUAUUAAUAAAUUCACACAUUUGUGUUAUGCAGAUCUUUUUUCUUUUGAUAUCUGUAGAAAAGAAACUGAAUUAAAGGUAUUUAACUUGAUUUUGACACUGGAAUCACAGUAAGCAUAAAUAAUGCAAAAUACUUAAAAGGUACACACACUACUAGUAGAUUUUACUGAAAUCAAAAAGCCUUAAAUGUACUGUAAGAUUGAGAUUGUUAAAAACUGAUUGCGUAAAAAAAGUCUGUGUUCAGUUGCUUUCUGGCAACAUAAUGGUUGUAAUGGAAUAAAGGAUGCAUGGAAUUAUAAAAAGU